AUGGUUUUACCAGCAGUGAUUAGUAAUGGUACUAAAACACUAAAGGUGAAUGUAAUGCUAGACAACUGUUCAACUGGUUCAUAUGUGUCUGAUGCCGCAGCGGAAGAACUUACGCUACAAGGGAAAAGCCAACAACUUGCAAUUUCAGGAACAGGCGGUACAGAGGUUAAGAAACAUUCACGUCAAGUUGAAGUGAUGGUAACCAGUCUCGACAAAACGUUUUCUGCUAAUCUACAAGCCAAUGUUCUGGAUAAUAUAUCGAGCGACACCCCAGCGUUUGAGUGGUCCAAGCUGAAGAAAGAGUGGCCCCACCUACAAUCAAUCCCGUUCCCGAAUGUUGCGAAGCGUCGACAAAUUGAUGUCCUUAUUGGAUCAGACAACCCCAUAUUUCACCAUAUUCUACAAGAGGUACAUGGAACUAAAGCGAGAGAUCCAAUUGCACGCAAGACAAGUCUCGGUUGCAUGGGUUUGUUUUGGACCUACACUUACCGAACAGUUUCGACGAUCAUCUAAAUCUUACUUCACACGCACCUACCGCACUAAUCACACCGAAGAACAAGGUCCUGAUGAUAUUCUACGACGGUUUUGGGAGCUAGAAUCCAUCGGUAUUCGAGAUGAAACGGAAAGAGAAUUGACGCCAGACGAGAAGGCAGCAGUAGCCCAAGUAACAGAUUACAUUUGA